AUGGUCGUGACGACGAGGAUGCACCCGCUCACAUCAAUCGCAUCACUCGCCUUUGCAGCACUUUCUCCAUCGAGGGGGUGCCUCGAUGCUCGGUACCUUCAGGUCUUUCCAUUCUCACUCGCUGGACGCGCAGCCGUCUGGUUCGAUUCUCAGCCCGCAGGCACUUUCACCACUUGGGCAGGUCUUCGUCAAGCUUUCUUUGCCAAGUACUUUCCCCCAGCCAAGGCAUCCCGCCUUCGUGAUCAGAUUCACUCCUUCCGCAUGGAGCCUGAUGAACUGUACCACUUGGCUUGGGAGCGUUUUCAGACAUUGAUCUCCCGUUGUUCUCAGCAUGGUUUGUCUGAUUGGGCGUUAGUUGAAAAAUUCUACAAUGGUCUUACUCCUGAGAUUAGAGCUCGUUUCGACACUUCAGCAGGAGGGCAGCUUAUGGGCAAAAAAAAAGUGAAUGAGUGUAAUGAUUUGUUUGAAAGUUUUGCCCACUCUGAUAUGGAUUACAGCAUUACCAGCAGGACUUCCAUUCCUGUGCGUACAUCCUCGACCGGUCGAGGGGUAAACCAAGUUAGCUUGGAUCCAUCGGUAGCUGCUGUUUUAGAGGGUUUGAAGCAAGAGCUGAGUGAGAUUAAGAAGAAAGUGGAUAGGUGUGAGGUGUGUCGAGGAGGCCAUGAUCCGGUAGAUUGUCCUACCCUUACUCUUGAGGAGGUAGAGUUCAUAACUAAUAGGGGUCCCACGAAUCCAUUAAAUAAUUCUAAUUAUAACUCCAAUUGGCACAGUAGUGGCAAUAAAAAUAGUGGGUAUCGUUCGUUUGGUAAUCCUCCUGGAUUUCCGUCUGGUCAGUAUCAGAGUAGAGGGCCCGGUCUAUACACGAGUAGUAGUUCAGGUCAGGGUGGGCAGUUUAGUGGGUCAGGUUUGAGUGGGCAGUUUGCUAGUGGGGGGUCGCAUCAAGAGAGUCAAGGCAGUGGAAAGGCUUUAGAGGGUAGCUUGAGUAGGAUGGAGGAGAUGUUCGCUCAAAUGAUGACACAAAAUCAGCUCAAAAGUCAGCAAUCCACACUUCUCGAUCUUCAAAGAACAAUAGGUGGAAUUGCUAAUCAGUUGCAGGAGCAUCCACCGGGUCAGUUCUCGGGAAAUACCUUCACAAAUCCCGCGAAUCAUUCAGCGAAGGCUAUUACGACCCGCAGUGGAAAGAGUUUGGGAAAAGUAGUGAGGGAGAGUGUUGAGGAAGAGAAAGAGGAUGAAGUUGAUGAGGAGAUUUAG